CGAAUCUACUAUUAAUACGAUCGCCGCCCUCUGAAUCUCCUAAACCAAUUCUGUGUUACCAUGGCAAAGAGUGAUUUGAAGCUUCUGGGUUCGUUGGGAAGCCCAUUUGUGUUGAGGGCUGCAAUUGCUCUGAACAUCAAAUCCGUUGAUUAUGAGUUUAUUGAGGAUAACCUUGCACCCAAAAGUGAGCUUCUUCUCCAAACCAAUCCUGUGCACAAGAAAAUCCCUGUUCUCAUUCACAAUGACAAACCCAUUUGCGAAUCUCUCGUAAUUGUGCAAUAUAUUGAUGAGGCUUGGUCCUCUGGCCCCCCAAUUCUUCCUUCUGAUCCUUAUGACCGUGCCAUUGCUCGAUUUUGGGCUGCUUAUAUUGAUGAUAAGUGGUUUCCAUCUGUGAGAGGCAUUUUGUUUGCUGGAGGAGAAGAAGAAAGGAAAGCUGUGCUUGCACAAGUGGAAGAAGGUCUAUUGCUAUUGGAGGGUGCAGUUGUGGCUUGCAGCAAAGCAAAGGCCUUCUUUGGAGGAGAUGAGAUUGGGUUUUUGGACAUUGCUUUUGGGUGUUUCUUGGCAUGGCUUAGGGUGAUUGAGAAGGCAAAUGGAGCGAAAUUGCUUGAUGAAGCCAAAUUCCCAAAUCUGACAGAUUGGGCUGAGAGGUUUUGUGCUCAUGCUGCUGUGAAGGACGUCAUGCCUGAGACUGACAAGCUCGCUAAGUUUGCUAAGGUUCUUCAAGCCAGGAAGAAAUCUGCUGCAGCUGCUCCAUCAAAGUAGUGAAAUGGUUUGUGAACUUGUCCAACAAUAUAUUGGGUGGAAGUUCCUUUUGAUUUUUGGUGUGUAGAUGUCUGUUUGUUUCUCAUUAUCUACUUGAAUUGGUUUUUCAUAUCUGAA